AUGUUCAACUUCAUCCCCACUCUCUUUCUUGCCACGUCGGUUGCUGCUCUGGUCCCCCAGGUCCAUCCCGAUGUUAUUCGCCGCACCGAUGCUCAAGCGAUCACUGUUCGCGACGCCAAUACCCUUUGCGGAAGAAAGCUCGAGCUUCAGUGCUGCAACAAGCAGGUUGACAAGAAUACUACCGACACCACCACCAGCAAGAACCCCGGUCUUCUUAGUGGUCUUCUGAGUGACCUUGGCAUCCUUGAUGGCGAGAUUGACCUAUUUGACCAGUGCUCCAAGCUCUCUGUUACUGCCCUUAUUGGGGUCGAUGAUAUUCUCGGAAGUCAGUGCGACCAAAAUAUCGCCUGCUGUGAUACUACAGCUCCCCAGCAGUUUUGA